AUGAGUGGAGGACCCGCAAGCUCACGAUUCGCAGCUAUCUACGACUCCCUCCCUCCCGACGUGCAACAUGCCAUCGUAGGGAAACAACUCAUACCACUCCUUGAUCUCGUGAGCAAGACGAAACGCAAGAGGGUCCUCGCGAGCGCCGCGAAGAUGCAGAGGCGGCACGCAGGCAUCCCGGUUCUUGACCUCAAGGCGAAGCAACGAGAAGUUAACGCCUUGCUGGACGAACUACAUCGUGACGCGAAGCGGUCCUUCGUGAAAGAGCGUUCCCACCGGACAGAACUCAUCGAACAGACGGUCGAGAGCGUUACGAGUUGGCUGAACGACAUCUGGUGCAUAGUCUACGAGCAUAACGUCGACUUCUUGCUCGCUCAUCGCGCUCUGAUCUUCGUCGUCAACGUCCUUGACCAGAUCGCACAUGGACGCGCAAGCUGUCGCUGUGCAUUUACGAGUAUGUAUGUCCCUAUCACUCUGAAGCGGAGGUGCGGGAAGUUGGUCAAAUCAUGGGAACUCAACGGUGCACAUCACAUCGAAGAGGUCUUGCAGUUCAUCUGGCGAGACCUCUUCCUGAGCAUGCUUGCCUCUGGGAGCAAGCGCCACCUUGCGAAGAUCCCGGAGAUGCUCGAUGACAUCGAAGAUCUCAUGGGCUGGACUUCCCUGGAGAGAUUGGUGUUCGGUGGUAGGAAAUGCAAACACGACCACGAAACAGACGAUGGCGAGACGGACCCAUAUGCCUUUGACACAGAAUCCGAUGUUGACGAGGAGGAAGAGGCCUUCACUGACGAAGACAGCGAUCUCGACGCGCCCGUCGGGAAUGAAGACUGGAUUCCCAAGGUAGCAUACAGGGCAACACCGGAGCACGCCAAGCACUGGUCCCACCGCAUCAGCUCACAAAUGUGGCAAUUCCGGCGAUACGUGCAGUCAGCCAUGACCUCCGUCUUCAAAAUCACGCCAUCCCUCCGCCUCUACCUUGCGUUGCGAGAUAAUUCAACCGACCCUAUGACGACAGAAGCCGAGCUCAAAGCCUAUCUGUCCCAAAUGGCGACCUCCUGCCCAGAGGUGUUCUCUGCUGCGCUCGAGAUCUACGCGUGCGAGAAGAAUGCGGACAAGAUUGCAGUGCUGCUCAAGACACACGCGCACCUCAUCCGCCCGCGCGACGCGUCCGUCAUGCAGUCUGCGGUCGCCACCAUGGCUUCGAAUGCGGUCCACCUACCCCGCGCGCUCGAAAUCAUCGAGAAGGAGCUCCUCGACACCGCGCACGCCGUACACGCUGCGCUGCUAGGUCCGUUCUCCCAGCUGGAGACCGAUGAUAACCGCGGGGAGAUCGAGCAGAUUGUCAAGCUUCGCCAGGCAGCCGCAGGACGACAGGACCGCGUUGAGCGCUGGGUAGACGCGGUGUGCACCCCGGGGAUGAACGCGCCAAACCCGAUGGCGCUGGCGGCGAUGGUGAUGGGAUUGCCGAUCAUGCCCGCUAUGGACGGUUUGGAGGAUGCGGAUCCUCUGGGGUACCUUGACUUGGACCCGUCGGACCCGGACAUGGAGGAUCUGAGAGAGGAGUUUCGGCCGCGGCUGAAGAAUCGGUUCGAAGGCUGGUCAGACACGGCUAUCACCGUCAAGGGCGGCCCCGCCGUCCUGCAAAAGGUGUAUAAGGAGGUUGCGCAGCAGAUGCCGUUUCUCCGCGCGAGCGACGUUGUCGAAGACAUGCUCGGCCGGCUCGCGGACAAGCCGAGCAAGCAGUACCUCGUCGACGCUGUAGACGCGCUCUCUGCCUUCGUGAAGGUACAGCGGCGCAAAGCGGCAGCCGCUAAGAACGAGCAGAAGCGUCGCGCGAACGCUACCAUCCAGACGUCUGUAGCAGGCCCGUCCAGCCGUGUAUCAGCAUCCGCCUCGACUUCCGCUUCUAACUCCACUAUCCCGAGCCCCGCCAUCCCUCCUACAGAAUCUAUGUCUGCAGGCACUAGCACUUAUGCAUCACCUACAGUGGCAGACGACCUUCCCAGUCGCCCGGAGACCCCGCCGCCACCUCUUGAGCCAUUCACGCCCGCGCCCGCGUCGCUCUUCACGUUCUACACUGGACAUAUCGCAAUGCCCCAAGGCGUCGCUGGACCUGCAGGUGGGGGCGUAUUUGGCGGCGGUGGCGGGCCUGGCACCCCUGGCGGUGGUGGGUUCGGAGCCGGAGGGGGGUUAGGCCCCAAUGGAGCAGGGCCUGACCCUGGUUUUGGAGGCGCGUUCGGAGGAUUUGGAGACUAUGUCGGAGGGUUCGGCGGCAUGGAGGACGUGGAUUGA